AUGUCUACAGUCGCGGACGAAUUACUCAACGACUUUGGCAGCUCAGGCGACGAGGCUGAGGAGCUGGAAAAUGGCCUCGAAACAACAAACGGCGACGCCAUGGAGGUAGAUGGUGGCGAGGCCCACGUCAAGGCAGAGGACGACUCGGAUGAUGAAGCAGCGUCCAAGGCCAAAAUCGAAAAGAUGCAGCUGGGUACUGUCAAGGAUGUCCGCAGCGUAGCCAGUCUGAUGGCUACUUUGGAUCCAAUCCUAGAGAAAAUUAAACAUUACCAAUCGCAACCCGCCACACAAGCGAAUGUCGGAAACAUCGAAGAUCAUCCUGAGUACAACCUGUUAACGCAGUCAAACAGCCUAUCUACGCAGAUUGACGGCGAGGUCAACCUGGUGCACAAGUUUAUCCGCGACCACUACUCGACGCGCUUCCCCGAACUCGAGCGACUCAUUACAACGCCACUGCAAUACGCCAAGGUUGUUUCAAUCAUCGGCAACUGCCCUAUGGAUACAGAAAGUAUCAAAGCGCUGCAGAUGUCGACGGAUAACCCGCUCGGCGUGGGUCUCAAAGCCGUGUUGGAUGGACCGUCACUUAUGAUUGUCACUAUCGAGGCUACAACAUCCAAGGGGGAGAACCUGGCGCCAGAAGAGCUUGCGCGAGUAUUCCAGGCGUGCGACCUGAUGAUCGAGCUUCAUGCGGCCAAAACGAGCUUGACGGAAUACGUACAGUCUCGCAUGAAUAUUUUUGCGCCGAACCUGACUGCACUCAUCGGGUCGCUUACUGCGGCGCAACUCCUCAACGCUGCUGGCGGGUUGACGGGCCUAUCAAAGACGCCGGCCUGCAACCUACCGUCAUGGGGGUCCAAAAAGCGCCAGGCUGGUCUGGCGACCAAUAUUGGUGUGCGACAACAAGGGUUCCUCUACAACUCGGAGAUUAUUCGCGGCAUCCCCAACGAUCUGAAAAAGCAAGCCAUGCGCAUUGUCGCGGCGAAGCUCAUCCUAGCUGCGCGCGUGGACCGCAUCCACUCGAGCGCUGACGGAUCUACAGGUGACAACCUCAAGUCGCAAUGUCUAGAGCGCCUGGAGAAGCUUACAGAACCACCGCCCAACAAGGGCGGGCGCGCUCUACCCGUCCCCGACGACAAGCCCUCGCGGAAACGCGGUGGACGCCGGGCGCGCAAAGCCAAGGAGGCGCUCGCCAUGACGGAGAUGCGACAGGCGCAAAACCGCAUGGCGUUUGGCAAGGAGGAGCUUGAGGUGGGCUUCGGCACGGGCUCAGGCACCGUCGGGCUCGGGAUGAUUGGGCAGGCCAACGACGGGCGCAUCCGCGGAAUGCAGGUCGACCAGCGGACGCGGGCCAAGCUGAGCGCCAAGAACAAGGGCUGGGGCGCGGCGAGUAGCGUCGGGGGCGGCGCGGCGUCGUCCAUCGGCGGCUUCGGGCAUUCCAGCGGCAUGGAUCUGCGCGGCAAGGGCUUGCGGACGUCGGGCGUGGGCAGCACCAUUGGCGGCGGUCCCGGCGCGGGCACGGCGUCAUCGCUGGCGUUUACGCCCGUGCAGGGUCUCGAGCUGGUGGCACCCAAGAUGCAGGCGGAGCUGAGCAAAAAGCGCAAGGCGGAAGAGGACCGCUGGUUCCAGGGCGGCACGUUUACGCAGCUUAACGGCACUGGCGGCGCGGGAUCGUCCAACGGGUUCAAGAUUCCGGCGCUACCGGCGUCCAAGAGGCAGAAUACCGGUGGCGGGAGCAUGGGACCGCCACCAAAGAAGUGA